UGAUACUUCAUGGUGUACAUUUCAUUUAGAUUGCUGGUCAUCUUGAGUUUUCAUGUUGCCAUGACUUGAAGUUUCAGGUGUAACAGGUUGGAGGAUCACUCUUGAGGGCCGUGUAAUCUCUGAGGGCAUCACACCCACAUUUGUAACGGGACUUGCUGCUGUGUUUGCAAUCUACUACAUAUUCAGCCUUCAGUAGAAAGAUGAGGCAGCCAGUAUUUUGGAAUUCAUUCAGAGUGCUCACGUUGAAUACACCAGAGACUGAAAAUGUGGCCGAUGCAGACGAUGCCUUCAGUUGCACAGAUUGCAGAAGCCUUGGUCCAAAAACACCCAUGUCUAAAGGAACCUGGAAGUCACAACGGGUGGAUUGGAUGGAUGUACUGCUUAAAAUACAAAAUGGGAAAUUAUAGGUCCAAGUUAAGAAAAUCUUGGAUUUCCUGAAGUCACUUGCAAUUCUCUUAAAAAUAAGCGUCCUGGAGAGAGAAAACCAGCCCAAAAUGUUUUAAAAAAGGAUGCAAAGGGGAAGUGAUGAAUCUUCCACAUUAUCCCUCAGGAGAAAGCAGUGAACAACAAGAGCAACAACAACUCAAAAUCCUAUCUGAAUUAAAGAAGAGAGAGAGGACGACAGUCAAUGCAUUGAUGUCCAACACUUUUGCUGAUAAAAGACAGGAUGUCAUCAGUCUGCAACUGAGCAUCAAAGAGAUCAAGGAAAGGUGGCCUGCCCUGUUUGACGUGCCACAGAUCAACGCUGAGUUCCAUCGAAUUGUCACUGUAAAUCUUGAGGCCAAAUUCAUGUUCAUGUUGGACCACUACACCCCUAAACUGCUUGGUAUCUUUCAAGCCAAGAAAGGUGCAGCUGGACAGAGGCAUCGUGCAGAGAUGAAUAUUCGACUCCAGGUAUUUUAG